AUGUCGAGUGAUGAUAAAAAUAAAUCUAGCGAACCCAAGAAUGAGCCCAAGAACUGUGAUCCCAAGUGUGAACAAAAGUGUGAGACCAAAUGCCAGCCCAGCUGUUUAAAGAAGCUGCUGCAACGGUGCUCUGAAAAGUGCCCACGGGAGAAGUGCCCAGUGCCACCAAAGUGCCAGCCAUGCCCCCCACCGUGCCCUCCGCCAUGCCCACCUCCCUGCCCUCCCAAGCCCUGUUGCAAGCCCUGUCCUCCUAAAUGCCCACCACCCUGCCCACCCCCAGAGUGA